AUGGAGAGCGACGAAGAUUUUGAGCUAUUGCCUUCCUCUCCCGUCCAGGAACAGCGAAAGCUGAAGCGUCUGAAGAAAGUAAUUAGGGCUUCUGAAUAUUCUCCUCCUUCUACGUCUCCUACCAAUUUUCCUGAAUUGGCAAACGGCGGACAACUGGAGGAGUCAAAUGGUGAAUCUAGCCCCGAACUUGAAGACACUUCAAAAGGUGUCACUGUCAACGAAGAUGAUUUGGGUGCGACGAGGGUUUUGGAGUUUGAUUCUGUCGGUGAGGAGCUUGACGGAAAAGUCACGGAGGAGAAGGGAGAAGUUGGGGAUCUGAAUACCAACGAAUUAGAGGGAAAACGACGUCGUUUAGACUUUUCUUCAGAGAACAAUGAGAAGAAGAAGAAGAGAAUCGACGACGGUGACGGCAGUAAAGAAUCUAUCUCCAAUAAAAGAAAAACCGAGAAGGAAAGACGGGAAAAUCUAAAACGGCUUCGAGCUGACUCUCAGAGACUUCUUCGAGAAACUAGAGAUGCAGCUUUUAAACCGAUUCCUCUCGUUCAGAAACCAAUUUCUUCGAUAUUGGAUAAAAUCCGGCAGAGAAAAUUAGAGAUUGUAAAGAAAUCUAGUGCUUCUUUUGAUGAUAAUGAUGGCUACUUUGUUGGUGAUGGUUCUGAACAUGCCUGUCCGAUUGAGGAGAUAAUUGAUAAGGUAAAAAAGGCAGAACCGGAAGAAACACCGCCAACUUUCCCUGCAGCCACCACCAGCAAUUUAGACAAAUCGCAUUUUGGUGGAUCUAACGAUGCUGCAGAUGAUUCAAGCUGUAAAAGCAUUCCUUCUGCCGUGGAUAUGGGUUCAGAAUCUGAGCAUGCAUUUCGAGCUCCUAUUGGUGAUACUCAGGAACUCUUUUCUGCCUCCCAAAGAGGUGAUACUGAAGACGAGGAUGUAAAUGAGAAGCCUAAUAAUCCUUCUGAAGAAGUGUUUGUCUCAUCUAUGCUUGCAAUGAACUUGAAACUUGAUUCUGCUCCUCCUGAUGAUGAUGUAUUUAGUGCCACUGACUAUUCAUCACAUGAAACUGGUGACAAUGUUGCUAGUGCUACUAUGAAGCUAGCAUUGUUACUUCGUUGUUACUUUGGCUCUUCGGAUGAUGAGGACAAUGGCAAGGAGAACAUAGAUCCACAUAUACAUGGAUCGGUUGACUUAACUUUACCUUCAAGCGGUGAUCCUGUAAAGGCUUUUGUUGAUGAAGAAGCGGAAGAGGAAGAUGACAGUGAUAAUGACCUACAGCAUUUCAAAGAUGAAGAAGAAGGUGAAGAUGAUGACGAUAUCGAGGAACUUAAUGAUAUGAUAGCAACUGCAUACGAAGAAAAGCCAGUUGAUAGAGAAAAGCGGGACCAGCUCCACCAGCAGUGGCUUGAGCAACAGGACACAGCUGGAAUGGAUAAUUUACUCCAGAAACUUAACUGUGGUUCAAAAUUGAAAGAAACUUCAAUUGAAGAGGGAGAUGAGGAAAUCAUAGAAACUGAAAAUGAAUCUGAUGAUGAAGCCGAAGAAUACAUUGCUCCAUCAGAAGCUGUGAAGAUCAAUCUGAAAAAGGUGAAGCAGAUGAUCCCACAGAUGUUUACAGAUAAAGAUGAUGCAUAUAUAUCAUCUGAUGAUGAGGAAACUGAGGAGAGGCUAGCUAAACAAUGCCACUUUUAUAAAGUUGAAGAGAAAGCUACAUUCGUUUCACCGGCUGAGGAUGAAAGUAGCAGGGAAGUUUUCAGUCUCAUAAAAAAAUUAAAUAUUGUUCCCGAGACCAAGAGAAAAGGAAGAACUCCUGCCUUCUUUGAUAUGCCACUCAUUGGACAAAACAUAAACAUAUCAUCAAAGUCAUCUUUUGUCGGUCGGGCUUCAAAUCGUUUUAUGCCCUCUUCUAAGCGUGCAUCAAGCAAGGUCCGAUCUUUUAUAUUUGAGCGAGAUGACAGCAACAGCAGGACUUCAGUAUUAAUGUCAGAGGAUUCUUCAGAUAUGAUUCAAAAGGAGAGCCAACCACCAAAAGUUGUUUCAGCCAAGUUCCAAAGAAAUACGCAGAACAAAUAUACCACCCUAAAUUCCACACCUCAAAAGCCAGGUGUGUCGCUUUUGGAGAUAUUAAGGAGGUCUUCAAUUGAUGCAGAGCACUCUGUCCAGAAUGCCGAAGUUCAACAGAGGGAAUCAGUAUUUGAUGCAUUCAAGUUAGCCAAGACGCCAACGAAGACAGAGACAAGAAUUUGA